AUGCUGGACGAGCUCUACACCACGCUGUCCGGAACCCCCGGGGCUGCCCUGGCCUGCUGCUUAGUGGCGGCUACCUUGGCCCUGCGCUGGUCUGGGCGGCGGAAGGCGCGGGGCGCAGCGACUCGGGCGCGACAGAGGCAGCGAGAGAGUUUGGAGACCAUGGACAAGGCAGCGCAGCGCUUCCGGCUCCAGAACCCCAGCCUGGAUUCAGAGGCGCUGCUGGCCCUGUCCCUGCCUCAACUGGUGCAGAAGUUGGACAACGGGGAGCUGUCCCCUGAAGCUGCGCUCUUCUCCUAUGUCGGAAAGGCCUGGGAGGUAAACAAAGGGACCAACUGUGUGACCGCCUACCUGGCCGACUGUGAGAAGCAGCUGUCCCAGGCCCCCAGGCGAGGCCUGCUCUACGGUGUCCCUGUGAGCCUCAAAGAGUGCUUCAGCUGCAAGGGCCAGGACUCGACGAUGGGGCUGAGCCUGCACGAGGGGGUGCCAGCUGAGUGCGACAGCGUGGUGGUACAGGUGCUCAAGCUGCAGGGUGCUGUGCCCUUUGUACAAACCAACAUCCCUCAGUCCAUGUUCAGCUUUGACUGCAGCAACCCCCUCUUCGGCCAGACCAGGAACCCAUGGAAGCCCACCAAGAGCCCAGGUGGCUCCUCCGGGGGCGAGGGGGCCCUCAUCAGGUCUGGGGGCUCCCCAGUGGGCUUAGGCACCGACAUCGGAGGUAGCAUCCGCUUCCCCUCGGCCUUUUGCGGCAUCUGUGGCCUCAAGCCCACUGGGAACCGCAUCAGCAAGAGUGGUGUGAAGGGCUGCGUCUAUGGACAGGUAGCAGUGCAGCUCUCCGUGGGUCCCAUGGCCCGGGAUGUGGAGAGCCUGGCGCUGUGCCUGCGAGCCCUGCUGUGCGAGGACAUGUUCCGCCUGGAUCCCACCGUGCCCCCGCUGCCCUUCAGGGAGGAGGUCUAUACAAGCUCUCGGCCCCUGCGUGUGGGCUACUAUGAGACUGACAACUAUACAAUGCCUACCCCAGCCAUGAGGCGGGCUGUGCUGGAGACCAAGAAGCGCCUGGAGGCUGCUGGCCACACGCUGGUUCCCUUCCUGCCAAGCGACAUUGCCUAUGCCAUGGAAACCUUGGCUACCGGGGGACUGUUCAGUGACGGUGGCCAAAGCUUCCUCGAGAACUUCAAAGGUGACAUCGUGGACCCUUGCCUGGGGGACCUUAUCUUGAUCCUGAGGCUGCCCAAGUGGCUAAAAGGACUGCUGGCCUUCCUGCUAAAGCCACUGCUCCCCAGGAUGGCGUCCUUUCUCAGUAACAUGAUGCCUCGGUCGGCUGGAAAGCUCUGGGAACUGCAGCACAAGAUUGAGGUGUAUCGCAAUACCGUGAUUGCCCAGUGGAGGGCACUCGACCUGGAUGUGCUGCUGACUCCUAUGCUGAGCCCUGCUAUGGACCUGAAUGCCCCCGGCCAGGCCACUGGGGCUGUUAGCUACACCCUUCUCUACAACUGCCUGGACUUCCCAGCGGGGGUGGUGCCCGUCACCACAGUGACCCCUGAGGAUGAGGCCCAGAUGGACCAUUACAAGGGCUACUUUGGGGACAUCUGGGACAAGGUGCUGAAGAAGGCCAUGAAGAACAGCGUGGGGCUGCCUGUGGCCGUGCAGUGCGUGGCUCUGCCCUGGCAGGAAGAGUUGUGUUUGCGGUUCAUGCGGGAGGUGGAGCAGCUGAUGAGCCCCGAGAAGCUGCCAUCCUGA